GUUCCUGUAAGGGGCUGAAACAAUAAAUCUCCUCUCUGCUGACCUCCCAAAGGGAGUGUGUGUGUAUUUCCUCUAGUUCUUUAUCAGAAUCCCCAAAAUAAGUAGGGAUGGGCAGCGUCUGCUCACAUUCAGCACACCUUUUCCAUUCGCUAAUACGGCCUGGUCAGACUGGGAGGAAUCGGUCCCUGCCUUACCCUGGAAAGCGAAGUCACUGAGACCAGCCGUGGGCACCAUGCAGCUGCUUCAAGUGACUGCUCUUUGCUUCCUUUUGUCCAAUAGUCUCUGCAGCGGGAAGGAUAGCACAGGUAUUCAAAAUAAUUCUACUCCAUCACCGAUAGAAAAAAUCACAACAAAAGCAUCUGCCACAACACCAGGCACUGUGUCAGUAACAAGUCUUAACAAAUCAACAGAUGAAACAACUCCUGAAGGAGUGACCAACAAUGAAGUAGCCAAAACACUUUUGGUGCCAGCACUUACUUCAAUAACAACACCAAAACAUGAAGUGAAAAUGACAACUGAUGGUCCCCAAAAGAAUGAAGUUUCCUCUAUAAAAACAACAGUGCCAAAUACUCCAACUUCAAAUGCUGUUUCAACACUACCAAGUUCCCAGAACAAGACUGAGAAUCAGAGUUCAACCAGAACAACAGAAAUAUCAGUUACCACUCAACUCCCAGAUGAUUCGCCGAAAGAUUUGCCGAAAACCACCGAGACACCCUCUGCAUCUCUAACAACUGCAAAAACCAUCUCACAGCUUCGAGAUGCUGAGGACGGGAAGGUUACAGCCACUCCAUCAACCACCCCUUCCUAUUCCAGUAUUAUUUUGCCCGUGGUUAUUGCUCUGAUUGUUAUAACAGUCUUGGUAUUUACUCUGGUGGGUUUGUAUCGAAUAUGCUGGAAGAGAGACCCAGGCACUCCGGAAAAUGGAAAUGAUCAGCCUCCAUCUGAUAAAGAGAGCGUGAAGCUGCUCACUGUUAAGACAAUCUCUCAUGAGCCUGGCGAACACUCUGCACAGGGGAAAACCAAGAACUGACAUCGUGAUGGAUCCUCCCCACACCUGGGCAAUAAAUAUGCUUCAGCUUCAGCUUCUAAACUCCGAGGGUGGGAAGAAGAAAAAAUCCUGAGGAACCAACACAAUUUCCAUCUCCUCACCACUCUACACCAGUUACCUGUACCAGCAAAGGAAUGACGUACCAUCACCUGAUAAUAUCAUAAAGAGCUCUGGAUAUCUCCUGUGUGAGAUGUAGAAAAUCAAAUGACUCUAGCUUUCAGGGACUUUUCUAGGAGGAACUGUGAUUCCCCAGCCCAGGCAGGUGGGCUUCUGGAAGACAUGCAGUAGCUGAAUUUAGACUCUCCAGGUUUUAUAGCCUCGAGCCGCCCGUGGAGACUUGCCUAUUUUCUUUGUGUUCUUGUGUUAGCCAGUGUCAAUAUUUAUUGUUUCCCACUGUGUUAAUGCAGGGAGAGUUUUGUGUUAAUAAAUGUUAAGUAGAAAUCAUACCAUGUUUCUCUGUAGAGACAGGUAUGAUAUUCAUGUUUUCAAGUGUUACCUUUAAUAAAUAAUGGCUGUACUCAGCAUGCUAAACAUUACGUCACGACUGGUGUGGCACUGGCAUUGUAGCCCCGUAAUUGUGGCUAGCUUUGGGUUGGAAUCUGAGGCCACAUGUCAGAAUAUGCGAAAAACAUCUGUAAAAAAGCACCAAAGGACUAAAGUAUAAGCCAGUAGUAGAGGCAAAAAAUCAUCG